CACGAAGUGGGGAUCUUUCAGCUUGAAUAUUCCUCACUUUCAUUUUGGAUUUCAUCAUGGACGGUAGUAAGAAUUGGCUGGAAAUGCGAACGAUACUAAGGUUAAUAUCUAGACACGUGCUUUGGGUCGCUUCGCAUUGAUGCAUCUCUUGCUUCAACUUAGUUGCAGAUUUUCUAUAUAUAAUGGCAAAGAUGAAGUUGCAAUACUUUGCAAUGAAUUGUACCUCCCUGCCCAGCAUCGUUUCACUAUUAAUAUUAGCAGAAGUAUGAGACUACACCCAUAAUCUGCAUAAGUGUUACAAAUAGGGGGAGGGUACUGUAAACUGUGGACAAAGGGAUAUCGCUCUUAGCUAUGUUAUUUUAAUUCAAAAUGGAUCUCAAUCGCGAGCAUUUCCGGGCGAUGAUUUUCUACGAUUUCAAAGUCGGUUUAAGUAGAGUCAAAAGUUUGGAACGCUUGCGUGGGGCGUUCGGUGAUUCCUCGCCGUCCCAAGCCACAGUUUACAGAUGGUUCAGAGAAUUUCAAAGGGGUAGGGGUUCGUUGGUAGACGAGGAGCGUGUCGGUCGACCGGUCACAGCUGCAACGGACGAGAAUGUCCUUGCUGUCGAGCAGAUGUUGAGCGAAGACAAUCGUAUGACGUAUGCGCAAAUACAGGGUGCCUUAAAGAUCGGAUCAGCAGCAGUGAAAACCAUCCUUCAUGAGAAGCUUAGCGUCAGGAAGCUCAGCAGCCGUUGGAUCCCUCAUCAGCUAGCAGAUGCACAGAAACAGGACCGGGUGAAAUGGUGCCAGGAGAUGCUACAAAGAUUUAACAAAGGACGCUCGGAGGCCGUUUAUAAUAUCAUAACAGGGGAUGAAUCUUGGAUUUAUCAGUACGAGUCCGAAAAUAAACAGCAAUCCGCAGUCUGGGUAUUUUCUGGGGAAACUCCCCCUCUGAAAAUGAAGAGAGGCCAAAGUGUUGGGAAGAAAAUGCUUUGCACUUUCUUUUCCGCAAAUGGCCAUAUCGAAACUGUAACGUUAGAAGACCAAAUAGUUACUGCAGAGUGGUACACCACUGUAUGCUUGCCACAAGUCUUUAAAAAACUAGAGACCAAACGACCCAAGAUAGACACGAAAGGGUUUCUAUUGCACCAUGACAGUGCGUUGGUUCAUUCAGCUGAGAAAACAGCAAAUUAUUUCAGAGAAUUAGGAAUCCAAGUUCUUGGUCAUCCACCUUAUAGCCCUGACUUAGCACCAUGCGAUUUCUUUCUGUUUCCAAAAGCUAAAGAGAGCAUCAGAGGACAACGAUUCGGAUCCCUAGAAACUGCAAUAGCAACUUACAAGGAAUUUUUGGAUAGUAUACCAAAAGAGGAAUGGCGAGCGGAGUUCGGCAAAUGGUUCGACCGAAUGAGGACUUGCAUCCGACGCGAAGGAGAAUACUUUGAAAAAAUAUAAUGGGACAGAUGGAAAUGGAUUUAUAGAAACAGUCAAUAAACCAGAAAAGAAAAGUUCCAUAUGGAUUUCUUUGUGUCACAAAAUAUACUGCCAUUCCGAUGUUAGGUGUGCCGCCAUUUUGUAACAUGCAGUAGAAGGCAAACAUAACCUUGUUAUAAAAAGUGGGAUGUUCAAGAAGUAAGAUCGAGAAAGAAGUCUGAUAAAAAUUAUGUAAUAAAUUAUGCAAAUUAGAAAAUAAAUCUAAAUAAAUUUUUUAUAAAAUU